GCUUCCAAUGGAGUUCUUGGGGUAGGGGGCUUGAGCCCUCCUGCCCCAUGCUGGCUCCGCCCUUGAUUAGCCUUGCGAUUUUCCGUCUAUGGGUGUAAUUAGUUUUAUAAUUAAUUAAUAUUUAAUACUCUUGAUUUUGCCGCAAAGUUCUUUAUCAAUUUUUUUUAAAAAAAAAAACUCUGUCAAAGCUGCCAAUCAGGCCCAUUAUCCAGCAGCAUUUAUCUCCCCAGAGACGUUCGUCGCCACGCACGCAACAUUAUCUUCUUGAUCAUUGCGCCUUUCUGUUCCUCACUUCCUCCAGUCCACUUGUGGGGGCUCUCUCUCUCUCUCUCUCGGAAACCCAACUGAAAUCCUGAGCAGCCAAAGAAUCCCAAAUCAUGCUCCACUAGUGGUUUCAGGAUUCGUGCCUGCGAAUCACUUUCCUCUGAGUACUUGGUUCUGCAACUGCAACCCCCUCGCCGAUAGAUCGCCAUGUCAGGGCAGAGCGCGAGCCCCUACGGCGAGACGGACGCUGGCGCGGACACGGCGCCCGCGAGCAGCAGCAUCCGUUGGGCGCCGCACGGGCGCGCCAUGACGGCCUGCCUCGUCGCCGUCAACGUCGUGCUCGUCGCCCUCGUCUACCUCUACUUCUGGCAGGUGUUCUCCCGCAAGCGCGCCGCGUCCGCGUCGUCCUCCGGCGGCGACGACGAGGAGGACCGCGCGUCGUCCUCCGCCUCGGCGCCGCCCUCGCCCGGGAGGGCCCAGGACGACGAGCAGCAGCAGCGCCGGCACGACCGCCUCGUGGCGUCGCUGCCGGCGUUCGUCGCGCGCCCUGGCGCCGGCGCGGGCGCCGAGUGCGCGGUGUGCAUCGCGGAGCUGCGGGACGGCGACGCGGCGCGCACGCUGCCGCGGUGCGGGCACCGGUUCCACGCGGCGUGCGUCGACGCCUGGCUGCGGCGCCGGCACACCACCUGCCCGCUCUGCCGGGCCGGCGUCGUCGUCGCCGCGGCGGAGGGGGCGGGGCCCGAGGGUGGUGGCGUGACGGGCACGGCGGCGGCGGCUGUGGUGGAUACGGACGAGCCGGUCUAGUCAGCCGAUGUCGAUCAGACGAUCACCACCGAUCGUUAAGCGAAGAAAUCGGGACGUCACGUAGCGGUCUUCCGUCAACGAAGAGGUCGUUGUCGCAGCAUUAUCAUGUUUGGAUGAUUCCGAACCAGGAAGGAAGCUGGUCAGGCAAGAAUCAAAGAUUGAUUUGUAAAUUCCUAGUGGCAUUUCAUCAUCAAGUAGCGUCCCAAGUUUCUUGCGUGUUGUAUGGAAAUUUGGCAGUGUUCUGCAGCACAUUUAGGCACCUCUCUCCCUGAAACGGUGAAUUUUGCUGAUAGUGACGAGUUGCCACAAGAUAAGGGUGACAAGGGCACCGGCCGGAUUGCAACUUGCAUUUUCUGCACUU